AUGGUAGUCACCCGCAGUUUACAGCUCACGGUGAAGAAAACGACGAGGCAACAGAAAACGCUAGAAGGGCAGUUGCUGAUGACGAAAGAGGGCGAGCGGACUUCUAUAUCCUCUCGAGUUGCCGAGUUAGACCAGAUUAUGCCCCAAUAUCUAGGCGUUUCUAGGGCAAUUCUUGACAAUGUGAUUUUUUGCCAUCAGGAUGAGAGUUUGUGGCCCCUGAGCGAGCCGUCUGUACUAAAGAAAAAAUUUGACGAAAUUUUCGAGGCGCAAAAAUACACCAAGGCGAUUGAUAAUAUUAAGGCUUUGAGGAAAAAACAGAAUGAGGAAUUGGCUAAGUAUAAGAUUAUGGAACAGUAUGCGAAGGAGGAUAAGGACAAAGCUGAUAGGGCGGAGAAGAGGUCCAUUCAACUUCAAGAAGAGAUCGAAGCACUUCGAGCGGAGAGCCAUGAACUGUCCAAAGAGAUGAAAAAGGCUGCAGAUCUUGCUGACAAGGCUUGGAAAGAGUCCGAAAGCUACGCUGAGAUUCUGGGUGCGUUGGAGGGAAAACGCAUCGAAGUAAAAAGUAUCCAAACUAGCAUCGACAAUCUGAAGCAGCAUCUUGUGGAGGUAGAUGAGUCUGAGGAGUGGCUUGAAUCCACAUUAGAGCAGUUCGGGUCUCGGCAGGCAGAGUAUCGAGAGCAAGAAGAGUCCCUGAAAGAGAAGUAUGUGGACUUAAAAGAGAAUAUAGAGCGGAAUCGGCAUCAAUUGGGCCUCAAACAGGCUGAGUAUGGGAAGCAUGAGAAUGACAAAGCUCAGUUUGAAAGGCAAGUGGAAAGACGUGGCAAGUUGAUCAGGGAUAUCGCCCGACAAAAUAAUUUACGUGGGUUUGAAGGCGAUCUUGAUGAGAUGGAAAUCAAUGAAUUUAUGCAGAGGCUGCAGAAACUUUCUAGGGACCGGAAUCAAACUCUCGACAGAGCAAAGCGAGAGGCCCAAGUGGAAUUACGCGAAGUGCAAAGCCUGCUGAAUCGGCUAAGUCAGCGAAAGUCGGCCCUUCAGGAGGGGAAGAAUGCGGCUAGGAAUCAAAUAUCUCAAAAUGAUAAAGAAGCCGAUUCUUACCAGCAUCGCCUCAACGAAAUAGAGAUAGACGAAGGGAAGCUAGCAAUUUUAGAGUCACGAAUAGAAGAAACCGAAGGGUGUCUGCAGCAAGCAAAGGACAAAGCGAAGACUGCGUCGUGGGAAAAGGAUCUUCAGACCAAGAACGCAGAGCUUCGCUCGUUAGAAGAGGAAAGCUCUUUAUUAAACGCGGAAUUGAUUGAGGGAACUAAAAAGGCAGGAGACCUUGCCCGCCUGGAUCACCUCAAAAAGGAGCUUAAAGAUAGGGAGCGCAGCCUGGAAACGAUGGCAAGCGCCCACGGUGACAGGAUAUCCCAGCUCAUAAGCCAAGCAUGGAACCCUUCGAAUAUCGAACAAGAAUUCCAGUCGGUUUUGAAUGACGCCACUGUUUCUUUGACCAAGGCCCAGCGUGACAGAGACGGGGCAAGCAAAGAAUUGGAGUACAUUGAAGUGACAAUGAAAAACGCACGCAAGUCCCUCCAGCAGCACAAGCAAGAAUUGGACGACUGUGUUCAGAGGAUUCGCGAAGCCAUCGAUGAUGAACCAGAAGAAUAUCCCGACGUUGUCAAGCAGAAGCAAUCGUCGCUCGAAAUGGCAAAAAAAGAUGUUGACCAGUACGCAGGCUUAGGGGAGUAUUUGGGCAAGUGUCUUGAAGCAGCAAGACAGAAAAAAGUCUGUCGGACUUGUGGAAGAGGUUUCAAAACGGAAAAAGAAUUCCAUGAUUUCAGCCUGAAGCUUGAAAAUCUUCUGAAGAAGGCAACGAUGAACGCAGAAGAUGAGAAUGUUGUGCAGUUGGAAGAAGACCUUGAGAUUGCCAGGAACGCGCAGACGUAUUACGAUACCUGGGUUCGUCUCUCUAAUACAACUAUCCCUGAAGCAGAGAAGGAAAUAAGUCGGCUUGAAUUGGAACGAGAAGAAUUACUGGUAAAGGUGGAGGAUCAUGAUGCGAUUGUCAGUGAGAAAGGCGAAUCGAAAAGGGAUAUUGAAUCUUUAUCGAAAACCAUUACCACUAUUGCGAAGUAUGAGGGUGAAAUCAAGACCCUCAAAGUUCAGAUCCAAGAUCUCUCUACUAAGCAGCAACAGCCGGGAAGCUCGCGAACGUUGGAAGAAAUUCAAGACACGAUCGCAACAAUUGGAGAAGGAUGUCGUGAGUUGAAGAGAGCCAUAGCGAAAAUCACAAACGAACGGGACCAGUCGAGAACCGAAAUCACUGAAUUGGAGCUUCAACUCCGUGACGUACGUAGCGAGCUCGAUAACGCCAGAUUCCAGCUGGAUAAGAAGGCGUCGAUUGAAGCUCGAUUGGAAGAGUAUCGCAAUCUCAAUACAAAGCAGCGCGAGAGCAUUGAGAAGGCAGACCAUGAUAUAGAAAGCCUUGUCCCAGAGGUUUCGAAGGCGCAAGCCAAGUUCGACGAUAUUAAUGCUCGUGCAGAGCAAAAGGAGAGAGAGCUUCAACAAGAAGUAUCUAGUCUGAGCGAUAGUUUGCACCAACUUGAUCUUGCAAGUGAGGAUAUUGUUUCCUACAAUGAUAGGGGAGGCCCACGUCAACUGGAAAGAAGCAAACGUGAGGUAGAGAAUAUCACAAAGGAAAUUGAGCAAUUGGAAGCGGAGCAGGGAUCGCUUACGAGACAGCUCAAUGCUGUUUCGGCUCGAUUGCAGGAUAGUGAGAACACAAAACGGCAAUAUUCGGAUAAUCUUCGAUAUAGACGGGAAAUGAGAGCGUUAGGGGAAGUUAAGGCAGAAAUAGCGCGAUUGGAGGCACAAAAUGCUGAAGUCGACCGCGCUCGAUUCAAAGAGGAAUCAGACCGCCGGACACGAGAAUAUAACUUCCUUUCUGCGACACAAGCCAGCAAGAUGGGCGAAAUGAAGUCGAAGGAUAACCAGCUCUUGCAGCUACUCGCGGAUUGGAACACAGACUACAAAGAUGCAGCAUUUAAAUUCAAGGAAGCCCAUAUUAAAGUGGAAACCACGAAGGCUGCGGUGGAAGACCUUGGACGAUAUGGCGGUGCUUUAGACAAAGCUAUCAUGAAAUACCACAGCUUAAAGAUGGAGGAGAUUAACCGCAUCAUCGAGGAACUCUGGCAAAAAACUUACCGAGGCACGGAUGUUGACACGAUUCUCAUUCGGUCUGAUAAUGAGAACGCUAAGGGCAACCGUUCAUAUAAUUAUCGCGUCGUCAUGGUCAAGCAAGAUGCCGAAAUGGACAUGCGAGGUCGCUGUAGUGCGGGCCAAAAAGUGCUUGCUAGUAUUAUCAUCCGCCUCGCCCUGGCAGAAUGUUUUGGCGUGAAUUGCGGCUUGAUUGCGCUGGAUGAGCCCACGACCAACCUUGACCGAGACAACAUUCGGUCUCUGGCGGAGUCACUGCAUGAUAUCAUUCGGGCUAGACAGCAGCAGGCGAACUUUCAGCUUAUUGUUAUCACACACGAUGAGGAGUUCCUAAGACAUAUGCAAUGUGGCGAUUUCAGUGAUUAUUAUUAUCGGGUAUCGAGAAGCGACAAGCAGAAAUCGAUUAUCGAGAGGCAAUCUAUUGCUGAGGUGAGAAUUCUUCACUACCCUGUUGCAUGA